AUGAGAUUACCUUUUGUUUUGGUUACUGUUUUGGUCGGAAUGGCAAUCGUCAGUGCUGGAAAGAAUAAACGCAGCGCUGAUUUUUUGAUCGGCUCAACAAAUUUGGGUGGUACGGCAUCGUUUGGGGAACAAGGCGUUUAUGACUGUAUGGCCGAAGGAAAACUUCCCUGGAAAUGCUACACAGAACAAAGCGGAAUAAACCCUCAGUGGUGA